UUCAUUAAGCGGUUUCAUUUCGACAGAGCAGGAUGUGUGGUAAAGGCAAAGGCCGCAAGAGAUCCGGCAAAUGGGGCGCAAGGCAUCAACGCAAUAACAUCCAGAGAUUGAUCACACCGGCUGUUCUUCAGCGUCUGGCUCGCCUUAGCGGUGUUAAACAUGUUUACUUGACAUGCGAAGACGUUUUCAAUAUACUGAAAAUGUUCUUGGAGAACGUGAUCCGCGACGCCGUCGAAUACACCGAGCACGCUGAAAGAAAGACCGUCACCGCCAUGGAUGUGGUGUACGCCCUGAAACGCCAGGGACGCAACCUGUACGGCUUCGGCGGCUAAACGCUUCAACACUGAACGACGAGAACACAACGGCUCUUUUAAGAGUCACCCAAAUAUCCUGAAAGAGCUGUUUCUGAUUUACUGCUUGUUUUGAAAGAAAGUGAAAGAAAAGAAAUCGGGUCUCCCUCUCACACACACACACACACCAAAUACAAUCUCUGUACUACUAAGGAGCAAAAGUGGCAAAAUUAUGUGCGCAAGACUGACAACACGAUCGAAUGUAGGGGAAAAAUAUAAGGUUGAUCUGAAAAAGAGGCCUCAGUCUGGGAAUUCCUCCACAUCUAAGAGUACAUCCCCUACCCUGACUCCAUCGCCAUCCCCAACUCCUAAGACUCUAAUUGGUGAAACCCUGUCUUCUGCUUCUUCCCAACCAUGUUCUAAAAGUAGUGGUGGCUCCAGCAGUGG